UCAUGUAAUUGAACGUAAAAUGCAAGAAGUUUGUAGUUCUUUAGAUCCCCAAAUGGGCGCACAAAUAAAAUCAGAAUCUCCAUUGAACCCACUACACGUACAAACAGGGCAAACUGUGGUAUCAAUUUCUGCACCAGUGCCACAAGUGCCACCACAAACAAUGCUUGUCAAUAAAAUGGGACCCAACUGUGAUAAACGUGUGGCCGACACGGCAUAUUGGAUGACAUCCGAGGGGGGUUUUAUAAAUUCUCAACCAUCAAUGGCUGAAUUUCUUAAUCAUUUAAGUCCAGAAAGUCCGAAGCUGGGAACACCUGUUGGCGGAUAUCCGGUGAAUGUUGUGUCACAAACACCGGAUGGUAUGGAGUCUGUGCCAGAAUAUCCAUGGAUGAAAGAGAAAAAAACAUCGCGCAAGAACAAUAACAACAACAAUGGACAAGGUGACAACUCAAUAACUGAAUUCGUUCCAGAAAAUGGCCUGCCUCGUCGUCUGCGCACCGCGUAUACAAACACUCAACUGCUGGAACUCGAGAAGGAAUUCCAUUUUAAUAAAUAUUUAUGCCGCCCAAGAAGGAUUGAAAUAGCAGCCAGCUUGGAUCUGACAGAACGACAGGUGAAGGUUUGGUUUCAGAAUCGUCGCAUGAAACACAAACGCCAAACUCUUUCCAAAACCGACGAUGAAGACAAUAAAGACAGUCUAAAAGGUGAUGAUGAUCAGUCCGACAGUAAUUCCAAUUCAAAGAAAUCGUGUCAAGGGUGUGAACUGCCUUCGGACGAUAUACCGGACUCAACGUCGAACUCUCGAGGGCACAACAAUAAUACGCCCAGCGCAACCAAUAAGAAUCAAAAUGCUGGAAAUUUGACACCGAACUCAACACUAGAAUCGGGCAUAUCAUCGAAUCUACUUGGCAGCACAACUACGACAACCGCAAAUGUGAUUAGUGCUGAUUCCAGUGUCGCAUCCAGCAUUAGCCUCGACGAUGACAUGGAAGACAGUCCAAUAAAAGUUAAGAAAAAAGAUGAUAGUCAUAUAAUUAAGAAAGAAGCCGUCUCUACUUCCACAAAAGUCUCUCCUUUCGGUAACGCCUAUGAAUCACCACCAGUUGCAAUACCAAGCAUCACACCCUCCCAUCACCAGAGUAACAGUUCCACGGGUUCUAAUAAGAAGCGUUAUCAGAAUUCCAAUUCCAAUGCAGCGGCAAUGACUGACAGCAGCGUUGCAUACUUCCCAACUUCUUACUAUCAGAAACAACAGCAUUUGCAACCGCCCGCGCCUCCGCCACAGCAAUUGCAUUCACAACAGGAAUACUACGGCAAAUACGAUAUUGAAUUUUCUCCUCAAACAAUGCCACACAAAAUGCAACAACAAAUACAAAACAAUUUACAACAACAUCAACAGCAGCAACAGCACGCUCUCCAAAGUGGAGAGUAUUUGAAUUCGAAAGGUGAAUUUAUUGCUGGCAAUUCUCAAAAUGCGGCUGCACACCUUAAACAACAGACCGAACUGCAAAAUAUCAAACUUCACCACGAAUUUCAAUCGAAGACUUCUUCUUAUCACCACUCAAAUCAUGGACAAAAUUAUAAUCACCACUCAGCGCAACAUUUGCAAGCACAACAACAAACCUUUUAUAAUCAUGGCGCAGAACCAUUUUAUCAUGGCGCUGAACAAACACCACCAGGUGGCCCGGUGCAAUAUAAUGCUGUGGCCGGUGGUUACUACGAAUACGAUCACAUAAAUUUCCAACAACAGCAACAACAUUCACAUGAUUUUCCACAUCAACAACAAUCGCAACAACAGCAGCAACAACAUUUUCCUCAUGGUAUGAACGAAUCCUACAUACCACCCAAUGCCAGUGCUUUAGGUUUGCAAAUAGAGAGCUCAGAAGGUUACUUCCCGGGAGCUCAUGGUUAUUAUGAAAACAACCACCAACCAGGACAUCCUCCACCUCCUACACACGUUGCACAAAGCCAUCACAUACCAGCACAGCAUCAACAUCAGCACAUACAUCCACACAAUAUAAGUUUGCCAGGUGGAACGCAGAGUACUUCACAUCCAACACAUGUCAAUGUGACAGGCGGCGGCAAUGGAGUUGCAUUCGCAAAUGCAAAUGGAUCGCCGGUUACGGCACAAGCUUUUCCCAUUAAUCAUGCCAGUGCAAGUGUAGGCACAAAUCUAACGGGUCUCGAGAAUUCUAAUAGUUCUUCUGAUUUCAAUUUUCUGAGCAAUCUCGCAAAUGAUUUUGCGCCCGAGUAUUACCAACUAAGUUAG